AUGAGCAGUUUUAGGCCUGAAUUGCAUGUAGCGCAGCAAAGCCGGCGUGAUAAGUUGAGAAUUCAGCAGAAUUCAACCCCAAACCAGCAUUUAGAAGAUUAUACUCACAACUUGGAACAAUUACCUUUCCAUUCGGGAUUGAACACAGAUCUUAUCCAGCUUCGCAAUUUUGGGUAUGGCAAUAUAGCAUAUGACCCAACUGUAAUUUCCUCGGAAAUGAUCAAUUUUGCGACAAAUUCACAACCCCUUUUGGCUUCCAAGGAUGGUAUGGUGAUGCAUCAGCGUGCAACUACUGCUCAAUCGGAUAAGCUAAUGGCAGCUGAAACUGCUGCUUUUGCUAAUUUGUCGCACCAAAUUUCAUCCAACUUGAGCACUUCAGCUAAAGUUAGUGGUGACCCACAAAAUUGUAGCACUUGGAAAAGCGUUGGUUUACAACAAAAUUGUGAUUGGAUUGCUGACUAUUCUAGUGGAUCAGCUGGUAUUGAUGGCAAUCAAAACCCAACGUUUGUCGGAGAAGGGUUGUCGGGUUCUUUGAAGGCAAACUUGCCUGCAUCUUCGCUCUACAUGAAGCCGAGUUACUAUAAUUCCCAAGAUGUGCAAUCCUCUUUACUUAAACCAUCCAGUGAAAUUUCUAUUCAAAGUACCCAAAGGCCAUUUAUGGAAAUGCAUUGUCAUUCUUCUUCACUUCACCAAAAUACCCUCCAAGAUGUUGUUACUUGUGCUACCAUUGGAACUGGGGGUUUAGAAAUGAAGCCUGUAGGACAACCAAAUAUAUGCGAAACUAGCCAUGGUUCUUGGGCAGAUCGUGGAAAUGAACUUAAUCUUCUCCCAGCUAAUUAUGGUGAUCAAUAUCCAUUACGCAUUAACCAUGCUUCCGAUUUUGUCAAUAGGCCGGGUGAGGGAUGUUAUCAGUGGAAUGGUGAAUUGGGUUUUCCAGUGGAUAAGAUUACUGAGAGAGACAACAGGAAAGUGGUAAAUGACAAUCCUACUACUCAAGGCCUAUCUUUAUCACUUUCAUCGGUUCCACCAUGUAGAACACAUGUAAGUGAAGUCGGAGAGAGAAAUUAUUUCAGAGAUUUACCCUCCAGCACUGUUGUUUUCAGUGAUUUUUCAGAGUCAAGAACCUUAAAGUCUGAUUACUUGUGUUCCAACUCUAAAAUGCCCAUAUGUACCAAUGUUGUUGGAAGUACCCGUCAAGAAAUGUCUGCUUUUACUCGUCAAAACACAGGUCCUUUAGGCCCUUUUACUGGUUAUGCGACAAUACUGAAGAGUUCGAAAUUUUUGAAACCAGCCCAACAGCUAUUGGAUGAAUUUUGCAGAAUAACUGGACCUAAACCCAUGACAACAGGUGAGGUGUGUAACAAGAUUUCUGAGGAAAUUAGGGUUUCUGCUGAUAUUGUUGAGGCUACUGAAUCUGUGGUGGGAGCUAAGGGUGGGGAUUCAGUUGCCUCUACUUCUACAUUUUACAGCUCAAAUGAAUUUAGUGGAGAAGCUGGAGGCGGGAGAAGCUCUAUUGAGUCUUUUCGGUCUGAAUAUCAGCAGAAGAAGGCAAAGCUCUUGCAUAUGCAUGAGGAGGUUUGUAGAAGGUACAAACAGUAUCAUCAGCAGAUGCAAAUGGUUGUUUCAUCCUUUGAAUCAGUGGCAGGUCUUAGUGCAGCCAUCCCUUACAUUUCAGUAGCUCUCAAGACAGUCUUGAGGCAUUUCCGGUGCCUUAAGAAUGCCAUCUCAGAUCAGGUUAGGCACAUAAGGAAAGCUUUGGGGGAGGAUUUGUCGUCCCCCACCACUGAUACAAGCAACGCAAAAGGUGAUGCAAGUACAUCUAAGUUAAAAUUCAUUGACCACGGUUUUCAAAAGCACAAGCCUAGUGGGAGCAGUCUGGGAUUCUUUGAAUCCCAUCAUGUCUGGAGGCCUCAAAGAGGCCUACCUGAACGUGCUGUGGCUAUUCUUAGAGCUUGGCUGUUUGACCAUUUCCUUCACCCGUAUCCAACGGACACAGAUAAGCAUAUGUUGGCAACUCAAACUGGUUUAACUCGAAACCAGGUCUCAAAUUGGUUCAUUAAUGCACGAGUGCGUGUUUGGAAACCCAUGGUUGAAGAAAUACACGUCCUAGAGACCAAAGGUUUGGCAGAAACAAACACGAAUCCAGGCAAAACUGAUGGAAAACGCACAAGUGACGGCGCCAGCCCACUAAAUGACCACCAACCGGUAAACAGGUUCAGCAAAUGUGCAGUGUCGGAUAAGCAAGUAAAUUUCUCGGGCAUUGGCUCCUCGGCAUGCAACGAAGAUGGAUCGAGGGCAGAGUCGUGGAAUCAGGAGAAGCGGUCAAGAGUGGAUUGUCAGAAUCCUGCAAGCAUGGGAGGGUCAUGGAUGGGUUUUUCACCUUACCAGCGAAGUGGGCUCGAGAUUGGGGGAGUUGGAGCAGUGUCUCUUACUUUGGGUCUUAGGCAAAGUGCAGACAGUGUGCAACAGCAACAACAUUUGCAAAGAGGUCAAAUGAUUCAUGACUAUGUGGGUUAA